ACAAGGUCUGAUUAAGGCGGGAGUUGGAAGUAAUGAGACUCAGGCUAAAGUUUCUCAAUAAGUUUCAUGUUUUUGAGACGACUGCAGCUGAUGCCACUCUUAACGAAAUUUUCGAAUCUGCUUCAAAAUUUUUCGGCCUAAAAAGAGAUAAUGUUGAAAUUAGUCUGAAUGCAAAAGAUUAUUACAAUUUAAAUGAUUCACAUCAAUCUAUUACAAAAUUUGGUAUUGUCAAUGGAGAUAUUAUUUAUAUAAGAUCAUUAGAAAAAUUAGAUGAUAUUAAACAAUCAUUAGAAGCUGAAUUAACUAUACCUAUUUUUAGCUUAGCAAAUAAUUUAAUCGCAUCACACCAACAACAACAACAACAGUAUACAUCAAUCUGUUUUAUGUCUAUUCCUUUGUAUAUAUUUGCUAUUGAUAAAGGUUUACAUAGUUUAGAUGAUAUUCAUCAGUUGUAUCAGCAAAUAUCAUCAUCAAUAAUUCGGUUAACAUUUAAUUAUUCUCAAUUGGAUUCAAUUACAAUUGUAUUUACAUUAUAUGAAAAUGGAAAUAUGACUUGUAUUGCUGCAAGUGUUCAACACUAUCCAAUUUGUAAACAAUUAAUUUUACCAACAAAAAAUUAUCUUAUCAAUCAAAAUUUCAUCGAUCAAU